CGAGCCGGAAGCGUCUGCAAAGCGUUGGCGGCGGCGGCGACGGCACACGUGGUGACGUGCGAAGGGGGUGAGGCGCGAGCAGCAGCCUCGGCGGCAGUGCCUCCGGGACGCUCGUGGAGGUGGGUGUCUCGGAACUGCUGGGCGCAGUCUCUCCGCCUGCCGUCUCCUCGUGGCCGUGCCAGCGGGCGGGCGAGCGAGCGAGUCCCCGAGCCCUCGCUGGCGCUCCCCUCUCCUCGCACCCUCCGCGGACUGGCCGCGCGUCCUCUCGCUCGCUCGCGUCCCCCCUCCGCGGCCUCGAGGCGCUUUCCGUUGGGCCUGUUCCCGCCCGCUUCCUGCUGCUCCCCAUCGAAGCUCCAGAGAUGAGUAUUUCCAUCUCUUCAGAGAUGAACCAGAUUAUGAUACAUGAUUAUCACAGAAGAAACUCAUGUCUAUAGCUUUUAAGGACUUGAUUACAUCAUUCCAAGCCUGAUAGUUUUGGAAUCACCAUUAGAGUUUAAGACACCUCUGUUCUCUUCCAUCACCUGUCUUCAUACCUCAACGAAGUGCUAAGUUUGAACAUUCCUUUGUCCUUGGAUUAUUUAAGACAUCCCAGAAAUACAUUUCUUACCAGUAUAGUAGCCAAAUUUAUAAGAAAAAAUGAUUCCCAAUGGAUAUUUAAUGUUUGAAGACGAAAAUUUCAUUGAGUCUUCUGUUGCCAAAUUAAACGCCCUGAGGAAAAGUGGCCAGUUCUGUGAUGUUCGACUUCAGGUCUGUGGCCAUGAGAUGUUAGCACACAGAGCGGUCCUGGCUUGCUGCAGUCCCUAUUUAUUUGAAAUCUUUAAUAGUGACAGUGAUCCUCAUAGAGUUUCUCAUGUUAAAUUCGAUGAUCUCAACCCAGAAGCUGUUGAAGUCUUGUUGAAUUAUGCCUACACUGCACAGUUGAAAGCUGAUAAGGAAUUAGUGAAAGAUGUUUAUUCUGCAGCCAAAAAGCUAAAGAUGGACCGAGUAAAACAGGUUUGUGGCGAUUAUUUACUGUCUAGAAUGGAUGUUACCAGUUGCAUCUCCUACCGGAACUUUGCAAGUUGUAUGGGAGACUCCCGUUUGUUGAAUAAGGUUGAUGCUUAUAUUCAGGAGCAUUUGUUACAAAUUUCAGAAGAGGAAGAGUUUCUUAAACUUCCACGGCUAAAGUUGGAGGUAAUGCUUGAAGAUAAUGUUUGCUUGCCCAGCAAUGGCAAACUGUAUACAAAGGUAAUCAACUGGGUGCAGCGUAGCAUCUGGGAGAAUGGAGACAGUCUGGAAGAGCUGAUGGAAGAGGUUCAAACCUUGUACUACUCAGCUGAUCACAAGCUGCUUGAUGGGAACCUACUAGAUGGACAGGCUGAGGUGUUUGGCAGUGAUGAUGACCACAUUCAGUUUGUGCAGAAAAAACCACCACGUGAGAAUGGCCAUAAGCAGAUAAGUAGCAGUUCCACUGGAUGUCUCUCUUCUCCAAAUGCCACAGUACAAAGCCCUAAGCACGAGUGGAAAAUCGUUGCUUCAGAAAAGACUUCAAAUAACACUUACUUGUGCCUGGCUGUGCUAGAUGGUGUAUUCUGUGUCAUUUUCCUUCACGGGCGAAACAGCCCACAGAGCUCCCCAACAAGUACUCCGAAACUAACUAAGAGUUUGAGCUUUGAGAUGCAGCCAGAUGAGCUGAUAGAAAAGCCCAUGUCGCCUAUGCAUUACGCACGGUCGGGUCUGGGGACAGCGGAGAUGAAUGGCAAACUCAUAGCUGCAGGUGGCUAUAACAGAGAGGAAUGUCUUCGAACAGUUGAAUGCUAUGAUCCACAUACAGAUCAUUGGUCCUUCCUUGCUCCCAUGAGAACACCAAGAGCCCGAUUUCAAAUGGCUGUACUGAUGGGCCAGCUCUAUGUGGUUGGUGGAUCGAAUGGCCACUCAGAUGACCUGAGUUGUGGAGAGAUGUAUGAUCCAAACAUAGAUGACUGGAUUCCUGUCCCAGAGCUGAGAACUAAUCGUUGUAAUGCAGGGGUGUGUGCUCUGAAUGGGAAAUUAUACAUCCUUGGUGGCUCUGAUCCAUAUGGCCAGAAAGGACUGAAAAAUUGUGAUGUUUUUGAUCCUAUAACGAAGUCAUGGACAAGCUGUGCUCCUCUAAACAUUCGUAGACACCAGUCUGCAGUCUGUGAGCUUGGUGGUUAUUUGUACAUAAUUGGAGGUGCAGAGUCUUGGAAUUGCCUGAGCACCGUAGAACGUUACAAUCCUGAAAAUAACACCUGGACUUUAAUUGCACCCAUGAAUGUGGCUAGGCGAGGAGCUGGUGUAGCUGUUCUGGAUGGAAAACUGUUUGUAGGUGGUGGCUUUGAUGGCUCUCAUGCCAUCAGCUGUGUGGAGAUGUAUGAUCCAACUAGAAAUGAAUGGAAGAUGAUGGGAAACAUGACUUCACCAAGGAGCAAUGCUGGGAUUGCAGCUGUAGGGAACACCAUUUAUGCAGUAGGAGGAUUUGAUGGCAAUGAAUUUCUGAAUACUGUAGAAGUUUAUAACCUUGAGUCAAAUGAGUGGAGCCCCUAUACAAAGAUUUUCCAGUUUUAACAAAUUUAAGAUUCUUUCAAACUAACAGGCUUAGUGAUGUAAUUGUGUUUAGUUACAGGUACAUUUGUGAAUAAGGAGGGUGGGUGGGUAUAGAGGUUGCUAACAGCAACACAGAGCUUUUGCAUAUUGCAUAUUAUUAAACAUGCUGUACAUAGUUUUUUGUGUUACUGGGAAAGGAAUGCAAAGUUGAAGGUCUGUUUUAUGUAUUUUUAGGACUACUUUGGUUAUUUUACUUUCUGGAAGUUAAUACUGUAAAAUAAACCAAGAAUUGAUUGGG